GCGCCCGCUGUGUAGGUGCGUGGGGAUGAUCUCACACGCGCGCCCCGCGCCAGGAGGAGGAGGAGCGGGAGCAAAUCCAACUUCCGGGUAGUGAAGCCGCACGCCACCGGCAUCUUGCUUUUCCUUCCCCCCUCCCCCCGUUGUACCCCUCGUCUCUCCCUCCUUUCCUUUUAUUCCCGGCCCCACCUGCCAAAAUGAACAGCUCGGACGAGGAGAAGCAGCUGCAGCUCAUCACCAGUCUGAAGGAGCAAGCAAUAGGCGAAUAUGAAGACCUUAGAGCAGAGAACCAGAAAACAAAGGAGAAGUGUGACAGAAUUAGGCAAGAACGAGAUGAAGCUGUUAAAAAACUGGAGGAGUUUCAGAAAAUUUCUCACAUGGUUAUAGAGGAAGUUAAUUUUAUGCAGAACCAUCUUGAAAUAGAGAAGACUUGUCGAGAAAGUGCUGAAGCUUUGGCAACAAAGCUAAAUAAAGAAAAUAAAACAUUGAAAAGAAUCAGCAUGUUAUACAUGGCCAAGCUGGGACCAGAUGUAAUAACUGAAGAGAUAAACAUUGAUGAUGAAGAUUCAACUAUGGAUCCAGACGGUGCUGCUGAGACUUGUGUCUCGGUCCAGUGUCAGAAGCAAAUCAAAGAACUUCGAGAUCAAAUUGUAUCUGUUCAGGAGGAAAAGAAGAUGUUAGCCAUUGAACUGGAAAAUCUCAAGAGCAAACUUGUAGAAGUAAUUGAAGAAGUAAAUAAAGUUAAACAAGAAAAAGAUGUUUUAAAUUCAGAAGUUCUUGAACAGAGAAAAGUCUUAGAAAAAUGCAAUAGAGUGUCCAUGCUAGCAGUAGAAGAGUAUGAGGAAAUGCAGGUAAACUUGGAACUAGAGAAGGACCUUCGAAAGAAAGCAGAGUCAUUUGCACAAGAGAUGUUCAUUGAACAAAACAAGCUCAAGAGACAAAGCCACCUUCUGCUUCAGAGCUCUGCUCCUGACCAGCAGCUUUCGAAAGCUUUAGAUGAAAACGCAAAACUUACCCAGCUGCUUGAAGAAGAGAGAAUUCAGCAUCAACAAAAGGUCAAAGAAUUACAGGAGCAGCUAGAAAAUGAAGCACUCCACAAAGAGAUCCACAACCUCAAACAGCAGCUGGAGCUUCUAGAAGAAGAUAAAAAAGAAUUGGAACUGAAGUAUCAGAGUUCUGAAGAGAAAGCCAGAAAUUUAAAGCAUUCCGUUGAUGAACUCCAGAAACGGGUGAACCAGUCUGAGAAUUCAGUGCCUCCACCUCCUCCUCCUCCACCACCGCUUCCCCCUCCUCCUCCCAAUCCUAUCCGCUCCCUCAUGUCCAUGAUCCGGAAGCGAUCCCACCCCAGCGGCAGUGGUGCUAAGAAAGAAAAGGCAGCUCAACCAGAAACAACUGAAGAAGUCACAGAUCUGAAGAGGCAAGCAGUGGAGGAGAUGAUGGAUAGAAUUAAAAAGGGAGUUCAUCUUAGACCAGUUAAUCAGACAGACAGACCGAAGGCAAAGCCAGAAUCUUCAAAAGGCUCUGAAAGUGCAGUGAAUGAACUAAAAGGAAUACUGGGGACACUUAACAAAUCCACUAGUUCAAGAAGCUUAAAAUCCCUUGACACUGAAAACAGUGAAACUGAGUUAGAAAGGAUUUUGCGUCGCAGAAAGGUGACAGCAGAAGCAGAUAGCAGUAGUCCAACCGGGAUAUUAGCCACCUCAGAGUCCAAAUCCAUGCCAGUGUUGGGUUCUGUAUCCAGUGUAACAAAAACAGCCUUGAACAAGAAAACUCUGGAGGCAGAAUUCAACAGCCCGUCCCCCCCAACACCUGAGCCAGGUGAAGGGUCGUGUAAAUUGGAAGGAAGCACAAGUUCCAAGGUUACAUUUCAGCCUCCCAGUAACACUGGAUGCAGGAGACGAUAUAUUGGCAGUGAAAAACAAGCUGAACCAGUUGUAGUUUUAGAUCCUGUUUCCACAUGUGAACCCCAAACCAAAGACCAGGUCGCUGAAAAAGAUUCAACUCAACGCAAGGAUGAUGAAGGCGAAAUUAAGCCAGAAUACAAAGAAGACAGUGCUGAAAAAAUAAGAGACACAGACAGCUCCAGCUGCUGAUCCAUAAACCAGAAGGCUGACAUGUUUAUAAGUUUUUUCAAUAAGCACAUGAUUAGUUUUGGUGUAUUGGCAAGGGCUAUAGACAUUCUGUUCUUGUCACUGUAUUCAGAACACUAGUCCAGGAUAUGGGUUCUUUUCUGAUGUCACUUUUGUAAGUAGUUCACCUAUAUAUAUAUAUACACAUAAGUAAGCUGUUUAGCAAAAUACACAUUCUGUGUAGGGAUUUUUUUUUUUUAAUCUUUAUAGGGAUAAGAUUUUUUCCUAAUUACUGUAUUAAGCGUGACUUCUUUCAGAAGGCUACAAAAAAAUUCAGAUGUUGAUAUCUUUUUAGGUAAUGUGCAUACCACUGAUCAAAUGUAAUGCUGAAAGUUUGCAGUGCUUGUGGAUAAACAGAAUCGACCAACGUGAGAUGAUUUAAAAAGCCCCUAAAGAAGCUUCUGUUUUGGUUCUGAUCCUCUUGAUGGAGAAACUGCAGUAGUAUGAAAAUUGUUAGGCACUGUGGCAUACAAAUUACUUUCCAGGAUAUACUGAGAUAAGCUUACAAUUCAGGAGCUGGCACCAAACUUGUAGUCCGAUAGUCACUGUUAGUUACACAUAUUGUUAACUAUGAAAUGAACAAUACAUGCUACUGAUUGUGUCUGGAGCUCCCCAGGGACUCUGGUGGGAAUGCUCUGGUGGCCUGAAUGCGGAAUUGAGGUGCAAGUCCAAACCUGGAAUUUCAUAGAGCAUUGUCUUGGUAAACCAUGUGCUCCGUGCUAUGAGGUAAUUGUGUUUUCUCACAUACUAAUGUGGAACAAGUACCAUAUUUUAUCACAGUUCUUACGUACAGUGAAGAUAAGUGACAAGCACACGAUUUUCUUGCUUCACUGCUGUUCUACAUUACACAGGUUUGUUGUUUUGCUUUUUUUAAAGAAAUUAAGUGGUAGUUAGUCUCUAAAAAUACAAUGUUUCAGUCUACCACAGUGAAUGAAUAGAAAUGUAAUCAGGGAUUUAAAAAAAAACUUAUGCAGCUUUUCAAAGUUGAUUGUUUCAAAAUUGGUGUUUAUUUAAAAUAAGUGGUAAUGUAUUUGAAUGCAUUUUUUUAUGACAAUGAUUCAGUAAUGGUAAUUUUACUAUUAAAGAAAGUGAAAGGUUUAGUUUUGUUAGCAUGGCUCAGCAUGUAGCUGUCAGGUGUUUCUCACCUAAGGGCAAAAGAACAUGAUAGUGAUAAUUGCAGUAGCCGUAUUGUAUUUUACUUUUGCACGUGUGCUAAGCAUAGGCUUGAAGAGGUGGGUAGGCAGGUAAAUGUACUUCCUAAAUUUGGAAAUAAUUAUCUUUCCAUAGGUUCAUUAUGCCUGACUGUUUCCAUGUUCUUCCAGUGAUGAUUUUACAGUUACUAAUCACUUUACUCAUGGGGAAUUAAAGUGUAAUGUUUUUCAACUGUAAUUUUCCCUAAUUGAAUAAUACUGCUAUAUGAUAUAGAAACGACAAACUGCAUUAAUUCACUUAAAUGAGUUCUGUUAUGCUGUGAUUUGAACUCUCCUCACCACACUUAUUAAAAAGCACCAACAGUUUCCCAUUAAAGGUCAGUUGUGGUUAUUGACGUUUUUGGUUUAGUUCCCCAAACUUGACAUUCUUUAAUAAGAAAAUUGUAUGAGUUGAUAACUUUAUUAAUUUUUAAUAAUCCACAAAAUGGUUUAUUUUGAGGAAUUUUAUUACGUGUUUCUUCGUGUUCUCCUCCUUCCUGUGUCUGUCAUCAGUUGGCUGGCAUGUGUCUUACACACAUUUAGGAAUAUAAAGAUAUGUACACUUGUCAUUCCAUAUUUCAUCACACACAUCAACAGAAUAAUGCAGUUAUAAAAAUACUCUCAUUUUCAGGGUAAGAAGUUAAUCAUUUGGUGAGAUGUGUUAGCUGGACCAGGCAACAAUUAGUAACUGGUAUUUUGAAAGUGUUCCUGCAUUUCUAAGCUGCCUACUUUCCUUCACCAUGAUCACAAAGCAUCUAAAAUUAAUUUGGUAAAAAGGUAUUUGAUGUAGGAUUUUACUCACCUUUUUCUACCUGCAAUUUUUCCCAUUUUACAUCAGUUUUGAGGAAUUUUGCCCCUGCUGGGGUGCCAUUGUCAACAAGCAGUUAGUCUGGGAUGGGAAGACACAGGAAGACUAGUGCUUGUACCUUCAAGGUGUGUUCUUAGCUAUUUGCACAAAAAAAAAUAGAUAUCCAACUUACACUGUUUUAAAGUUGGAAGAGACUGCCAUCCUUAUAUUUUUUCUCUAAAAAAUUACUUAUUCUUCCUUCUGUUUUAGAAAUAUGAAUUAUGUCUCAUCUGUUACAGUUUUAUAACUAAUGUUGAUGCAUUUUUAUUGCCAGAGAGAGGCAAAAGAAUAGACAUACUUUGUGCUCUUGCUGUUAAAGAAAAUGUCUCCCUUCUUUUCUGAAGGAAUAAGAAUUUAAUUAAAAUUCUAUCUGAACUAGUCUCAGAUAAACUCACCCACAGUAGUUUCAGCGGUUGAUUGGUCCUGUGAACAUUGUGAUUGGCAGGGGUCGACAGGGCUGUAAUCACCCAGCCUCGUUGGGCCUGAGUUAAAAGGAUGCACGUUUUGGCUCUGGAUACUCACCAGUGAUUCCUCCUUCCUUACCUUCUUUGUUAACAGUAAAAUGUUUGUUGGAAAUGGAGUAGUGCAGCUAAAAAUUGUUAAUUAUCUUUCCAGACCAUUUUUAGGUGGUGUGUCAGAUAAAUGAUACUCCAUAUCACAGAAUCUUAAAAACAAAGUUUGGAUGAUUUUUCUAAAUGCAUACCUUCAGUCAACCUAUAUUUGUUAUGGUUUUUAAACACCUAUUGAAUGCUAUUGUAUAAAUAAUUGGGAAUUUAAUUACUUUAAGAAUAUUUAUUCACUCAC